AUGGGAGAGGCACCAAGAAAGAAGAUUAUUGUAGCCCUGACUGGCGCGACAGGAGCUGCCAUCGGCAUUCAUGUUCUCUCAACACUUCGGAGGCUGAAUGUUGAAACUCAUCUCAUCAUCAGCAAAUGGGCAGCCGAGACCAUAAAAUACGAAACAGACUACACACCAGCUUCAGUGAGAGCACUAGCAGAUCACGUCUACAACCCAAAUGACUUAGCCGCCCCAAUUGCAAGCGGGUCUUGUCAUGUUGAUGGCAUGAUCGUCGUCCCCUGCUCCGUAAAAACGCUAGCAGCCAUCAACGCCGGCAUUUGCGAUGACCUUAUCACCCGCGCAGCAGAUGUCUGCCUCAAAGAACGAAGGAGGCUAGUGUUGUCAUUGAGAGAAACGCCGCUGAGUGAGAUACACUUGCGGAACAUGAUGGAGGUGACAAGAGCCGGUGCGAUUAUUGCACCUCCUGUUGUCGGAUUCUACACGAGACCAAGCUCAGUGGAUGACAUAUUGAAUCAGAUGGUCGGUCGGUUAUUGGAUUUGUUUGGCCUGGAAGCUGGGAACUUUGAGAGGUGGGAGGGGAUGACGAAUGGGAAAUCUUAA